AUGUCAUUCCUACUCUAUCCCCAUAAGCUCCACACUAAGACACCUUUAGGUGCCUCUAAAUUGACCCACUGUACGGAUCUAUUUACUAAUAUUGUUUAUGUUGACGACUUUGAUGACUCUGACGACUCUGACGACUCUGAUGACUCUGAUGGAGAGAAAGGAGACUACUUUAUUUCUUUGCAUAGUAUCUUCCCUGUUAACGACUGGCACCAACUUCGAUAUUUCGGCCUUUCCCGAUUUAUUGUUAAAAAAGACAGCGUUAUUAAAUUUCUCGGAGCUUUACCGCUAACCCUGGAGUCUGUUGAGCUGAGCUUCUUUAUCUUUAUGCCUGACAGUGGCGACUAUUAUAGCUUGGUGCACGAUAUGCGCGAAAGGCUGGGUUGGCGCGAGCGGGAUGCAGAGAACCAGCCUAAAAUAGUUGUUCGCGUUAAUGUUUGA